AUGGGGCAUUACAUAUCCAGACGCAGCCUGUCAGAGCAGGACACCUUGCCUCAAGGCCGCAUCUCCUUCAAUGAAGAGGCACCUCCGCACUACUCCUCCUGGCGAGUGGACCGGGGCGCUGCCGCAGAUGUCCAAGCUAACGGCACCAUUGGCGAGGUCAGAGUCGGCAUGGAGGUAAAGGCCGGUGGGCAGGAGACCGAGUGUCAGGGUUCAAGGCAGGAGGGGCGACGGCCAUCCAUUUACAGCAGUGUGGAUGCCGUGCCGCACCUGGAGUUCUACUCCAAUGCCACGGCAACGGGUCGGGUACGACGCAACAGGCCAUCUCUGGAGACUCUCCGCAAAGCCUUUGAGGAUGGUGAUUUAAGCAGUAAUAAGGGAGACUCGGGAACAGGACAUUUGCCACAUGUUCUAGACCAGGGAGAGGAGCAAGACAGUGCAGUGGAAAAGACCAGACAACCUGUCCGCUUUGGCUGGGUUACCGGCGUUAUGAUUCGCUGUAUGCUGAAUAUUUGGGGAGUUAUUCUGUUCCUGCGAUUGUCCUGGAUUACAUCUCAGGCAGGAGUCAUUCUCACUUGGGUCAUCAUCCUCAUGUCUGUCUUGGUAACAUCAGUCACUUCAUUAUCUGUGUCAGCCAUUUCCACCAAUGGGAGGGUGUCAUCUGGCGGUGCCUACUUUAUGAUUUCACGGACACUGGGCCCUGAAAUGGGAGGUCCGAUUGGUGUGGUGUUUUCCUUCGCCAAUGCUCUGGGAUGUGCCCUCAACACUGUGGGGUUUGCAGAGACUGUCCGAGACCUUCUCAUAGAGUAUAAUGCUGUCAUGGUGGAUGACAUAAAUGAUGUGCGUAUUAUAGGUACCAUCACAGUUACUUUGCUUUUGUUAAUCUCAUUGGCUGGAAUGGAAUGGGAGUCAAAGGCCCAAAUUAUUUUCUUUCUUGUGCUGAUGGUGACCUUCACCAACUAUUUUGUGGGCACUGUGAUUCCAGCCACUCCAGAGAAGCAGGCAAUGGGUUUCUUCAACUACAGAGCUGAGAUAUUUGUAGAAAAUCUAUUUCCUGACUGGAGAGGGUCACAAGGAGAUUUUUUCCAGAUGUUUGCCAUCUUCUUUCCCUCUGCUAUUGGAAUCCUGGCAGGUGCCAACAUCUCAGGAGACCUGAAGGACCCAGAGACUGCCAUCCCCAAAGGAACGCUAUUUGCCAUCUUCUGGACAACCCUUAGUUAUAUAUUAAUAUCUGUAACUGUAGGAGCAUGUGUGGUACGUGAUGCCUCAGGGAACCUAAAUGACAGUUUGCCAUUUAACUUCUCUGAGCCAUGUGAUGGUUUAGGAUGCAAACUUGGCUGGAACUUCACCAAAUGCAAGCAAAGCCAAUCCUGUUCUUUUGGUCUGGCCAACAGCAUCCAGGUACUCAGUUUGGUCUCAGGCUUUGGUCUUCUCAUCACUGCUGGCGUGUUUGCCGCCAGCCUGUCAUCUGCUCUUGCAUUCCUAGUCUCUGCCCCCAAAGUCUUCCAGUGUCUCUGCAGGGACAACAUAUACCCAUACAUAGACUUCUUCGCAAAAGGUUAUGGGAAAAAUAAUGAGCCACUACGUGCCUAUAUCCUGACUUAUUUUAUUGCUCUGGCCUUCAUUCUAAUUGCCCAGUUGAAUGUCAUUGCUCCUCUGAUUUCUAAUUUCUUUCUGUGCUCAUAUGCACUCAUCAACUUCAGUUGCUUCCAUGCCUCUAUCACCAACUCCCCAGGUUGGAGGCCAUCAUUUAAAUAUUACAGUCGAUGGACUGCUUUGUUUGGAGCGGUCAUCUCUGUGGUGCUGAUGUUCCUGCUCACCUGGUGGGCAGCCCUCAUCACGUUUGGAAUCAUCUUCUUCUUACUAGGCUAUGUUACAUACAGGAAACCAAAGGUCAAUUGGGGUUCAUCAGUCCAGGCCGGUACCUACAACAUGGCUUUGUCUUAUUCUGUCUCCCUUUCUAGUGUAGAAGACCAUGUCAAAAAUUUCAGGCCCCAAUGUUUGGUUCUGACUGGUCCUCCUAACUUGCGUCCGGCUCUAGUGGACUUUGUGGGUUCAUUCACUAAGAAUAUAAGUUUAAUGAUCUGUGGAGACAUUCUCAUGGGUGACAGCCAGUCAGUAAUGUCCAAUGACAAACUGGUAAAAUGGUUGAACAUUAGGAAGGUUCGCUCUUUCUACACCCCCUUCAAGGCAGAUAGUUUGCAAGAAGGAGCUCGGCAUCUUAUGCAGGCUUCUGGUUUGGGAAAACUCAAGCCUAAUACCCUGGUCUUAGGGUUUAAGUCUAACUGGAAAGAAUGCUCUCCCUAUGGCUUGGAGGACUAUGUUAACACUAUAUAUGAUGCUUUCGACUCCAACUAUGGCGUGUGUAUUCUCAGGAUGAUGGACGGACUGGACAUUACGGAAGAGUUACAGUGUGAAGCAAACCCAGCAUUUGAGGCUGAUGAGGCAAUCGAGUCUGACCACAGCCAGAAUUCAGGAAGAGAAUCAGAUAAUGAAAACACAACCAACAUUAAGAAUGAUGAGAUCAGAACGGUUUUUCAGAACAAACAAGGGAAGAAGACCAUAGACGUGUACUGGAUUUCUGAUGAUGGAGGCUUGACACUGCUGGUGCCAUAUCUGCUGACCCGGAGGAAGCGAUGGCGGAAGAGUAAAGUUCGAGUGUUUGUCAUAGGGGAGCAGCAGACCAUGGAGAAUGAGCGCAAAGAGAUGGUGGCGUUACUGCAAAGAUUUCGUUUGGAUGUCCACGAUGUCAUAGUGAUGAUAGAUACAGAACGGCCACCUUUUUCCAAAAACUUAAAGGGGUUUGAGGAGUCUGUCGCUUCCUUCAAGCUCACAAAGGGACAGCACAGGGGUGAGGGGUCAACAGAGGAGCAACGGACAGAAUGCCCAUGGAAGGUCUCAGACAAACAAAUGGAUGCAUUUAGACUCAAGUCUGAGAAAAAGGUAAGACUGAAUGAGAUCAUCAGGAGGAAUUCCAAACACGCUGCUCUGGUCUUAGUCUCUUUACCUGUACCUCAGAGUGACUGCCCCAGUUCUCUCUACAUGGCUUGGCUGGACACUCUGAGUUGUGGACUACACUGCCCUGUCCUACUUAUAAGAGGAAACCAGCAAAAUGUUCUCACAUUCUACUGCCAGUAACACAAGCAGCAACUAAUUACCAAGUAAUUAGUAACCAUUAUCUGUGCAUAAAAUCAAACUUUCCUUUUAAAAAUAUUGCUAGAUCUGUUAGAAUUAAUAUUACUGAUACAAUAACUCAGAGAGUUAUCUUCGUAAUUUAAGAAAGGUAGCAUUUCAGUUGGACUAGAAUUGCAAAAAUUCUAUUGGCACCAUACAUAAAUAAUAAGAUAUAAGAUUGCCUUUUGACAUUUGAA